UGUUUGUAGAUGGCGGCCGGGGAGAAAGGGUUGAUCCUUCGAGGAAGGAAUUUAGUUUUGCAUCGACUAUGAAGAGUUUGGAGACAUCACAACACGACGAGAGUUCAAUGAACAUAUUAUAAACCACCAGGGAUGCAAUUUAAUGCAUCUAGAACGUCCAUGGUCUCUGAAGUUGGGCCUACGCUAACCUAAUUUUGCAGGCUGCCUGCUGGUGGUGUGAGUGGCCUGUCAAAUGGGGAAAUGUUUGUCAUGCUGUGAGGCUCCAGGACAGCCUGGUCCUGAUGCCCAGUUCGUUGACCCGCAAAGCGCCAUCUCAUCUUCACAGUCAAGGUCAUCCACAGGAUUUGUCUCCGAGUCCAAAGAGCUGAAACGUACAGCAGCAGCCACAGACACCAACUACGGAACUGGUCGACCACCGAUAGCGCCGUCAGACAAGAAAAUGUUCACGCAAUACCCUAAACUCCCUCCAAUUAAAAAACAAAGUAAUGGUGAUAGUAAACGAUUGUCACUCAUUUCUAAGGAUUUUCAAGAAUCAAAGGUUAUAGCCAUGUUUGACAUGUAUAAAGAUGCAGAAGGUGAUGAUGUCAUUUUGGCAGAGGGUGUGGAGAAAUUCUGUGAAGAUCUGGAUGUGAAGCCAGAAGAAUAUAUUGUCCUUGUCAUUGCUUGGAAGUUCCAGGCUGAUCAAAUGUGUCGUUUUACCCGUGAUGAAUUUAUUAAUGGUUGUAGGAAUCUCAAAUGUGACUCUCUGAAGAGCAUCCGAUCCAAGUUCCCAGAACUUCUUUCGGAAGUGGAGAACAAACAGUCCUUCAAGGACCUUUAUCGCUGGACGUACAAAUUUGGCCUUGAUUCUGACACAGGUCAGAGGACUUUGCAGACUGAGAUGGCCAUGAGCUUGUGGAAGCUGGUGUUCUCUCAGCAUGAGCCACUGCUUCUUGAUCAUUGGCUUGAAUUCCUCUCCAAACAUCAGAAUAUUCGAGGCAUUCCAAGAGAUACGUGGGACAUGUUCUUGAACUUCACCGAGCAGGUGGGUGAGGAUCUGACCACUUAUGACGACACAGAGGCGUGGCCAAGUCUGUUUGAUGAUUUUGUUGAGUUUGAGAAUGAUCGUCAGAAUCAAAAUGUUAUGACUGACUGAUGUUCGAUGUUCUGUGAUUAUAUGAGUGCUUCUGUGUAGUAAUAGUGAUAUAACUGUGUUUCUAUCUGGUUGUUCGGGAAAUGGCCGUGUGUGUUGGUUAUGUAAGCUAGUGUUUUCAUCUCGAGAAAUUAUUUCCCUUCUUCAAAUUCUUGAUAGCAGAAGAAAUUUACCAUGACGGUAUGAAUGUGGGCUUGAACUGUUUAUCAAAUUUCAGGAAUGUUGGUGAUUGGAGAAAAUUGAUAACGUGACCUUUUUCAUGGAAACCCCCCAGUUUCACCAUAAGGCCUUUACUCUUGUCUCACUUAACACUAACUAUAUGUGUUCAUCAGAUCAUGCUCAUACCCAACGUCCCACUGGUGGCCUGUUAGCUUUCACUGUCAUCACUUUCAUGUUCAUGCAUCGCUUGUACAGGUGUCCUCAUCCUUCAUCGUCGUCGUCGGAAACAGUUCACUGUGUGCAUGCACAUAAACGGUUUAUAGACUAGAAGUGAUUUCUGCAGUUUCGUAACAGAAUGGAAGAACAGACUGGAUCAUCCAGUAUAUUCUCCACUACUCAAAAGACUUUAAGGAUUACUCCUUUGCUUGCAUUCAGUCAUGACACAACAAAUUAACUCUAGUGAAAUCAAAGAUUCUUUCAGUGGUCCUUAACGUUUGUGAGCUAUAAUAUUAUAAAUACCCCACAAAGAUUUGCUGUCUCGGUUCUUUGUUGCAUGAUUCAAACGGCAUGAUGUUAAAAUUUGCUGUCCAAUCACCUUUGUUUGUUACACUGAGAAAUUCUGAAGUUAGAGAUUGGAGUGAUCAAGUUAGGGAUAUCAUUUCUGAAAUGGAAAGUUAAGACUGUGAAUGGACCAAGAAUAUUUUUCAAAUCAACUGGACAUAUAAUACACUGGAUAACGGAAAAUAUCUUGAAGUAAAUUCACAACCAAAUGUUAUCAUGAUUGUGUGGAAUAAAUAUCAAAUGAGGUUACAGAUAUUCACAAUGACAGUGAUGAAAGCAGAUAUAUAUACUUGUUUCUUUUAUCCAAGAAAGCCGUUAGAAUGAAAGGGUGGGUAUGAAUAGAAGUGUAAAUGAUCAGUUGGAAUAGCAUCUUGCUGUUGCAAACACUGGUUUCUUAUUGUUAAUAGGCCUCAGUAAGAGUAAACUUGAUCUGUUGUCCUUAGGCCUUGGCUUACACAUGACUUGUAACUCUCUUGUCAUCAACAACAAAGGCCUGUCAGUUUUCAUCUACAUAUGUAGUGGUGAUGUUAAUGGGCUUCGUUAAAUUUCACAUUAUGUAAUUGUUGUAAUGAAGAAAACCAAAGUUUGGAGUUACCAUGAAACUUUCACCACCUCUUACUCUUGAAUAAAGCCAGAAUUCAGAAUUGGCUCCAUUAAAAGUGUCCAAAUUUCCCCAGUCUGAUUCUCAUUGCCUUGGUCACUUGUAGAAAUGUUACAGGUCAUUUUGUUUUGGAUAUGUUUGUUUUCUUUCGCAAUAUGUGCAGUUUCAUUCCCAGGCACAGUUUUAGAAAUAUGAAGGGAAAGGGCGGGAUCCUUUUCAAUACCUUCAGACCUCAGUAAAAUAGUAAGUAGAUAUUUGCAUUAGUGGAUGAUGAUAAUUACUGUCUUAGCAUAUUUAUAGUUGUAAUGUGUUCUGGCAGUAUGUAGUUAUCUCUAAAUUGAUUUCUGGAUUUUGUUGAAGCCAGAGAGGAAUGAGCUUGUCUUCAUGUUGUACUUGCCAAGUUUGGAAGGAGGGUUUAUAUAUAUCUUAUAAAACAGUUCAAAAUGUAUGAGAGGAUUACUCCUGUGGGGCACAAAGUAGAAGCAGCUGAUUGUGGAGUUAACUUCAGUUUCCUACUUGUUAACUGGUAUCAUCAUCAUGCUGUGACGAUAUGGCAGCCUUUGUCAUAAUAGUCAUAUAGUUUUGAUAACUGCACCACAUUUGUGAACAUACAGAACAGUGCAGAAAAUAUGUAUUUUUUGUUGUUGUUGCUUUUAUCAUGUUAAUUUGAUUUAAAUUAUUAAGAAGCUCACCGGAACAUAGGCCCUGUAGCUGCUCAUCAUGGCUUGUGAACUUAUGUGAACCUUGCUUAUGACCAACUGCUGUAAAACACCACCAUGGACCAUGUUGAAAUCUGUCAGCGUGUUAAGAUGAAGAUAUGUUGUUGCUGUGAACAGUUACAACAGAUGGAAAGUCCUCAAUGUCAAGGCACUAGUGGUGGUCCGAUUAAUUGAAAUAAUUGAAGAUUGGUCGCAGUGACUAAGCGACCAAGCAAUCGAACAUGUUUUCUCAUAAUCGAACACAAACAAUUCUGGAACACUUGUUGCAUUAACAAUGUCUUUCACACGGUUGGUUUUGUCUGUUACAUUUCAUGAGGACAACAAGCUCGUCCAAGUCAUGAUGGAAUUUAUCUUAAAGACCCCCAAGAAAUUUAUGUUCCUAACAUACUAGUCAUCCUUUAAAGAUAAGCAAUUU